AUGAGCCAGAUGAACCAGACCUGGAUUACAGAAUUUCUCCUCUUGGGUCUCUCUGAUGAUUCUCAGACGCAACUGCUACUCUUUGUAUUGUUCCUGGUGAUCUACUUGGUUACUGUGCUUGGAAAUCUACUCCUCAUCACCCUGGUUCUGACUGACUCACAGCUCCAUACACCCAUGUAUUUUUUCCUGUGCAACUUGUCUACAGCUGACCUUUUCUUUUCUACCUCCAUUGUUCCCCAAGCCCUGUUUAACUUGUCUAGGAGGAAGGUAAUUUCCUUCAUAGGAUGUGCAGCUCAGAUUCUUCUAUUCCUCCUUUUUGGGUGUACAGAAUGUGCACUGUUAGCUGUGAUGUCCUAUGACCGGUACUUGGCAAUAUGUGAUCCCAUGCACUACCCUCUCAUCAUGACAUGGAGAGUAUGUGGCUACAUGGCUUUGGGGUGCUGGACUACUGGUAUUCUAGUGUCCUUGGUGGACACAACUUUUACACUAAGGCUCCCUUAUCAAGGAGACAAUAGGAUUGCUCAUUUCUUUUGUGAACCCCCAGCAAUGUUGGCCCUGGCAUCUGCAGAUAUCCACAGUGCAGAGACAGCUCUUUUCCUUAUGGGUGUAGUGAUCCUUCUUGCACCUCUAUCCCUGAUCUUGGUCUCCUAUGGCUCUAUAUUAAUGACUGUGAUCAGGAUGAAGACAACCUCAGGGAGACUUAAAGCAUUUUCUACAUGUGGCUCCCAUCUUCUUGUAGUCAUCCUUUUUUAUGGAUCAGGAAUAAUCUCUUACAUGACGCCCAAGUCUGCUAAAUUGCUGGGGAAGCUGGUAUCAAUGUUUUAUUCAGUGAUAACACCAAUGCUCAACCCUCUGAUCUACAGCCUGAAGAACAAAGAUGUGAAGAAAGCACUCAGGGGUGUGUCUAUCAAGAGGUUAUUCGUUAAACUCUGA